GCGGCGGAGCAGCGCGCCCGACCCGGCCCGCCGCGGCCCGCGCCCUCCCCCCGGCCCCGGCAUGUUCAAGAACACGUUCCAGAGCGGCUUCCUCUCCGUGCUGUACAGCAUCGGCAGCAAGCCGCUCCAGAUCUGGGACAAGAAGGUGCGGAAUGGCCACAUCAAACGAAUCACUGACAAUGACAUCCAGUCGCUCGUGCUGGAGAUAGAAGGAACUAAUGUCAGUACCACGUACAUCACGUGCCCUGCUGACCCAAAGAAGACCCUGGGCAUCAAACUACCUUUCUUAGUGAUGAUCAUCAAGAACCUGAAGAAGUACUUCACUUUUGAAGUGCAGGUUCUGGAUGAUAAGAACGUACGCCGGCGCUUCCGAGCGAGUAACUACCAGAGCACGACUCGGGUGAAGCCCUUCAUCUGCACUAUGCCUAUGCGGCUGGAUGAUGGUUGGAACCAAAUUCAGUUCAACCUUUCAGAUUUCACGCGCCGGGCUUAUGGGACAAAUUACAUCGAGACCCUGAGAGUUCAGAUCCAUGCCAACUGUCGCAUCCGACGGGUGUACUUCUCCGACCGGCUUUACUCAGAGGAUGAGCUCCCAGCUGAAUUCAAGCUGUAUCUGCCUGUCCAGAACAAGGCCAAGCAAUAACACCGUGUCGGGAAGAGACGCAAGAAAUGUUUGGGGUCGGUAGGAAAACAAAAGCAGGUGGAAGAGAAGGCCCUACUGAAACCAAGUUUUAGAUCAGCUCACCUUGCCUAGGGUAAAUUUGAUUCAUCUGGGAUCCCUCUUCUGGACAGGACACAGUUAACCAUGUAACAGGUCUGGGACUGCGUUGUUGGUGUGCGAGUUGUACGGAAUCAGAGAUUUCCUGGCCAUUCCUAAAAUGCUGAGUCUAAACAAUGCAAGUGGCGUGGUACCUAAUCCCUUGUGUUGCACAGAGGGGUCGCUGAAAGUGGCCACUGUGCAUCCAAAGAGAGGAUUCGGCAGGAAUUACAGGGUUAAGUGUGCCCUCUUGGAGAUAACAAUUUUAUUUUCCUUUCCUGGUUUUCCAUCUCUUAUUUUAUAUAUACUCUAAAUAUGGAUGUAAUACUCACUCUUGGGAAGUUAUUAAACAUUUGAAUCUGUUUGUAA